GCAAAAUUGAGGCGAUGGAACUUAUCUUAUUGCAAUUGAUCCCGGUGUUUGGCUGCCAAAAUGCUGAGCUGGGAGCUCCGAAGCUUGGCCGUGUGUAUUUGAUGAAGAAACUGCAACGUAUUCUCUGGUUUAAGGUGGGGAGUGGAAUUCUGUUUGUCGGAUAAGGGUUUGGGCGAGAAACUGCCAUCGCCAUCGAUGGAAAUUAUAGAGAUUCAGGCGGGGUUGAACGGUAAGAAACAUUCCCUCCAUUC